UCGGAGCAGGGCGGCGCUUUGUGCUCCUGCUGGAUCCUUCCUGCGCCCCGGAGAGAGCGAAAGUUCAGAGCAAGAAGCAGAAGUGCGCUAAAUAAAGUGUCCUGCGCGCGCUGAGCACGCUGAGAAGGAACGCUCUGGAGUCCGUGCGUCCCGAGGCGCGGACGCAUCCGUCGCCAGCGUCUGUCAUCGGUUCUGUGGGAACUCUAUAUAUAGAUGAAGCACGAAGUGGAAGGUAAUCCGUGAGGAAAGUUGUGGGAUUUAAAGAUGCGCUGGGUUUGUUCGUGCGCGCUGCUGCUGAUGGCGCUGGAUAACGCCGUGGCCGUGCCUGCGCGGAGAAACCCCACGGUGACUAGCGUUCGUCUGAAUAAACCGUGUGUGCAGACGGAAGAGAGCUCUCAUCGAGGUCCGGCCCGAUCCAAGCGCUACGCCAUCAACCCGCUGGGAUACAAGUGGGAGCAUUUCAACGUCACCUACAAGAUCACAAAGUUCCCCAACACGCUGAAUAAAGACGAUACCCGCAAAGCCAUCAGCAUCGCCUUCACGAAAUGGAGCGACGUUUCGCCUCUGACUUUCGCUGAAAUCACCAGCCCCAACGAAAGUGCUGACAUCACUAUAGGUUUCUACACGUACAAUCACACAGAUUGCUGGUGGUCUCCGUUGCACCCGUGUUUUGACGGGCUGAACGGGGAGCUGGCCCACGCCUUCCUCCCCCCCCGUGGAGAGAUUCACUUCGACAACCAUGAAUUCUGGAUUCUGGGCAAAUCCCGCUUCAGCUGGAAGCAAGGUGUGUGGCUGAACGACCUGGUUCAGGUAGCUGCUCAUGAAAUCGGUCACGCUUUAGGCCUCUGGCAUUCACGGGACCCUAACGCGUUAAUGCACCCUAAUGCAACGUACACGGGUCAGAGGAACAUCGCUCAAGAUGAUAUCUGGGGCAUCCAGCGCCUCUACGGAUGCAUGGACAAGAAGCGAGUGUGCGAUCCUUGGGCCCGCUUGGGCUUUUGUGAGAGGAGGCGGAGCUUCAUGAAGAAGAACUGCCCGCAGCGCUGCGACCUGUGCUACGAGCCUCUGGAUGCUGCGUCUACACCGACACCUCCUCCUGAAAACGUGAAGAUCAAAAUUGUGCCUCGUGGAAAAGUCGUGGGCUUCCGCUGUGGGACCAAAAAUACCAGAGUGCCUCCGAAAGUCAGCUGGUAUAAAGACGGCGAGCAGUUGCUCACGUCCAUUCCUGGCUAUAUCGUGAUUAAAGAUCGGGACCUGCGGCUCGUGGCCAACGAAUUCAACGAAGGCACGUACACCUGCCGCAUCCAUCGCCGUGGUAACGUCGUCUCUGCCAACUCAUGGGCCAUCCGUCUGAAGCCGGAGCAGUCGUCCAACAACAGCUGAUGAAGAGAUGCUGAUGUACUGAUCACAUGCUCUACCUCCAGAGCUCCAGAGCACUCAGACCCGCUCUCCUCAGCUCUGCUUGCUGCUCAGAGGCAGCACGGACGACCUGAACAAUAUCCGAACGAAGGACCACCAAUUCGAUUUUCUUUUGUACUUCUGCUGCAGCGAUGACAAAGGUGCUUUUUUUUUACUAUAAGGCAAACGCCACUUCUGAUGCAUAUUUAGUUUCGAAGAUGCUUACAAAAAAGGUUGAAAAAGGAAUUUGCAGUUGCAAAUAUUUUAGAGAAAAAUGAUUUCAUGAUUUAAGUAUAGUUUCAUACUCAGCGGUGCAUGUGAGGUCCCUAGUUUUUCAGUAGCUUUAAGGGCCAUUCACACCAAUCAUCAUCGGAAGAACAGAUUGUUUUAAAGCAGUUUUAUGGAAAAUUUUGGAUGUUUAUGACAUCUUAUAUUCAGGCCUUACAGUUGCAUUCAGCAAAUUAUAAAUGGGCGAUAAUACAGUGACAUUUUAUAUUAAAAUAAGAAUAGCGAUAUUACAAAAUAAAUCUACAAAUCUAAAUCUAAAAUUUUUUUUUUUGUAAAAAAUUACACAUUUUUAAAAAUAUUUUUACUUACGCAUGUGGAAGUUGCAUAUGACAAAGGAACAAUAUUAUUGGAAUAAUUUUCAGAACAGAAGGUAUUACAGCUGAUGAAUAAUACAACAGCCAAUCAGAAUUUAACCAAUCACAGCGCAAGCACUCAAAGUCGCAGACGUGCUUAUAAACAGGAUGUUUAACCCCGGUCGUCGUGGACACUAAUAUAGUUAUUAUAACUAUUGCUUUUGGUUUGAAUGGGCCUUUAACUGUAAAAUGAUUUUAGUUUGAGUUUAAACUAAAUUAAAUUGGUUUUGCUGCCCUUGUUGAAGCUUGCUGAAGGCCUCAAAUGGCUUCAAGUUGAGAACCACAGAGGCAGGUGUUUUUUUAUGAUCAUUUAUGAUUUGAAAUAUAGCCUCGUUUACAUGUGCUGGUGCUUCGAAUCAUCUACUCUCUUAAAAAAAAAUAAAGGCCCUUUAUUUGCAUCGGUGAAGAACCAUUAACAUCCGAUAAACAUUACACAAGUUCCCGACGGGAAAAAGUUUGUUAGAUUAUUAAAAAUGUCCUUCACACUACGAAAAAGUGAACUAAAAACUACUUUAAUUGGGAAUUUGGAAAGCAUCUGUAUCUGAAGUG